UUGAUCAUUAUCGAUAGUGAUUAACGCAUCAAAAUAAUAAUAAUCGAAUGAUUUGAUAUUUUUUUUUUUAACAUAAAAGUGUUUGUAUAUGAUUUUAUUCACUAUCAAACAAUUUGUACCGAUUAAUCGAUUUCGAACAUUUAUAUCGUCAACAACGUCAUUUUUGAUCAAGAAAAUGUCUACAACAAUUAAUUCAACAAAAUCGCCAAUUCCAUUUGCUCAAACAUCACCAACAUCGGAUGAAUCGUUUGCAUCAAUUCAUCAUGAUGCAUUAUCAUCAUCGUGUUCAUCAAUUUCAUCAAAUACAAGCACCAUUUCAAAUGAUUCAAGUUGCACAUCAUUAUCCGAACGGGAAAUGGCUUUACAUAUUAUGCUUUACAAUUCAAUUGAAAUAAUAUCAAAACGAUUUUCACAAACAAAAAUCUAUUGUAAAUUCAGUGGCUUCGCAAUGGAUUCCAUUGAUGAAACAUUCGAUACGGCACAAGAUGAUGAUUUUAAUCAUCAUGAUGGUAUAGAUCAAUAUCCAUUUGAUGUGGCCGCCAUGAAUGAUUUGGAAUAUAAAUUUCAAAAUCAAAAUCUAUUUGGACGUUCAAUGCAAACGAAUGAAUUUAUUAUCGUACGUUGCAAGAUUCCUUUGAGUGGCAAUAUUGGUAUACGAGUGGAUUUAUUUCAAAAAAUGGAAACAAACAACAAUAAUGAUAGCAACGAUAUUGGCCAUGAUGUUAGUUUCAAUAAAAUUGCUUUCGGUUAUAUCUAUCCGGUGAAUGCCAGUGAAAGUAGCGGAAUUUUUACCGUUCCUAUUACAUCGAAAAUGGGCAAAAUUAUUGCCCACUUCAAAGCUGAAUAUUUCAUUACGAAACCAUACAAUGGCAUGGCAAUGGAACCAAUAAAAUGGAAAUCAAAGACACGAAAUAUAAAAAGCUGGCAAUUGAAAAAGAAUGGUUACGAUAUUGGCCAUCGUGGUGCUGGCUGUGCUCGUCGUAUAGAUAGCUGUGAAAAAGUGUUGGAAAACACUAUUGAUUCGUUUAAUUUUGCAUUCAAAAAGGGCGCUGAUAUGGUCGAAUUGGAUGUACAAUUGACCAAGGAUAAAAUACCGAUCGUUUAUCAUGAUUUCAAUGUGAAUAUUGUUUUGCAACAGAAAGAUCAUAUGCCUGAAAAUUUUCAGAUGAACAUCAAAGAUUUAACCUAUGAACAGUUACAAAAACUUAAAUUACGACCAUUACAACGACAUGGAAAAGAAUGUUAUGAUUUUGAUGGUGAUGAUGUUGACAGUCCACAUGGUCUACCAUUUGCAAGUCUACAAACGGUAUUGAAAUCAGUGGAAGCAAAUUGUGGUUUCAAUGUGGAAAUAAAAUAUCCACAGAAAAAAAUUAAUGGUGAUUGGGAAGCGGAAAAAUCACAUGACCUAAAUGAAUAUGUUGAUCUAAUAUUACAGGAUUUGUUUCUAUAUGCUGAUGAUCGAAAAAUUAUCAUAUCAUCAUUUCAUCCGGAAAUUUGUUCAAUGGUAAAAUUAAAACAAGACCGUUAUCCGGUACUGUUUCUAACUCAGGGUUUAAGCACUAAAUGGAUGAAAUAUCAUAAUCCAUUGAAUCAUUCUAUUGAAAUGGCAGCCUAUCUGGCAUUAUGUAUGGAUUUAUAUGGUGUUGCUGUACAUGCUGAAGACAUAAUCAAAAAUUCAACAUUAAUACGUUUUGUUAAAUCAAAAUCAUUGGUACUAUUCUGUUGGGGUGAUGAUCUAAAUGAUCGUGAAUUGAUUAAGAAUCUUAAAAAAGAAGGAAUCGAUGGUGCCAUCUAUGAUAAAAUCGAUUUAUUGAUUGCCAAACCGGAAAGUCAUGAAAAUCCAAAUUGUGAAGUGUCACCACCAAUAUCGUUGAAUUUUAAUUAAAACAAAGAAAAAAAAGUGAAAGUUUGCACACAUCACCACCAUGAUUUUAGUGUUUUUUUCAAAUUGUUUUUAUUAUAAAAAUUUUUUUCUAAUUAAUAA